AUCUAUGGCACUGAGCAGCGGCAGCAGCGGCAGCAGGAGCCCGGCGCAAUCCGCUAGGUCCCAGCCCAGCGCUGAGGGAGCAGACGACGCGGAGGGGCCCAGCCCCCACCCGCCCGCGAAAGCCACGCUGAAACUCCGGCCGCGCGGACGGGGACCGCCCGGGCUGCGCUGACAGCUGCGCCCCUGGUCCUUGCCGCCCGGGCGCUCGCCUGACAUGCCCCCGGGGCGCGGCGGCGGGGACCCCAGGGCUUGCCUCCGCCCAGGGCCCCGUGCCCCGCGUUCGGGCUCCCCGGGUCCCCGCUGAGCAAGCGCCUGCACGCCCGGGUUCCUCCGGCCGGCGCGCAGCCCAGCCCAAACGCUGUCUGUACCCGCGGGGCGAUGGGCUGAUGGGCGCCGGGGGACGCAGGAUGCGGGGGGCGCCCGCGCGCCUGCUACUGUCGCUGCUGCCGUGGCUACUGCUCCUGGCGCCCGAGACCAGGGGCGCGCCGGGCUGUCCUGUCCCCAUCCUCAGCUGCAAAUGCUCGGGGGAGCGGCCCAAAGGGCUAAGCAGCGGCGCCCCCAACCCUGCACGCAGGAGGGUGGUGUGUGGCGGCGGGGACCUCCCGGAGCCUCCCGAGCCCAGCCUUCUGCCUAACGGCACCGUUACCCUGCUCUUGAGCAACAACAAGAUCACAGGGCUCCGGAAUGGAUCCUUCUUGGGACUCUCUCUGCUGGAGAAGUUGGACCUGAGGAACAAUGUCAUCAGCACAGUGGAGCCCGGUGCCUUCCUGGGUCUGGGAGAGCUGAAGCGCUUAGAUCUCUCCAACAACCGGAUUGGCUGUCUUACUUCCGAGACCUUCCAAGGCCUCCCCAAGCUUCUCCGACUAAACAUAUCUGGGAACAUCUUCUCCAAUCUCCAGCCUGGGGUCUUUGAUGAGUUGCCAGCCCUUAAGGUUGUGGACUUCGGCACUGAGUUCCUGACCUGCGAUUGCCACCUGCGUUGGCUGCUGUCCUGGGCCCGGAAUCACUCCCUGCAGUUGUCAGAGCGCACACUUUGCUCCUACCCCAGUAUGCUGCAUGCCCAGGCCCUGGGUGGCCUCCAGGAGGCCCAGCUCCGCUGUGAGGGGGCCCUGGAGCUGCACACGCACCACCUGAUCCCUUCCUUGCGCCAAGUGGUGUUCCAGGGGGACCGGCUGCCCUUCCAGUGCUCUUCCAGCUACCUGGGCAAUGACACCCGCAUCCACUGGUACCACAAUCGGGCCCCCGUGGAAGGUGAUGAGCAGGCAGGCGUCCUCCUAGGGGAGAGCCUCAUCCAUGACUGCACCUUCAUCACCAGUGAGCUGACCCUGUCUCACAUCGGCGUGUGGGCCUCAGGAGAAUGGGAGUGCUCCGUGUCCACAGUCCAGGGCAAUGCCAGCAAGAAGGUGGAGAUUGUGGUGCUGGAGACCUCUGCUUCCUACUGCCCUGCUGAGCGUGUUGCCAAUAACCGUGGGGACUUCAGGUGGCCUCGAACUCUGGCUGGCAUCACAGCCUACCAGUCCUGUCUGCAGUACCCCUUCACCUCAGUGCCUCUGAGUGGAGGUGCACCGGGCACUCGAGCCUCCCGCCGGUGCGACCGUGCUGGCCGCUGGGAGCCUGGGGACUACUCCCACUGCCUGUACACCAACGACAUCACCCGGGUGCUCUACACCUUCGUGCUGAUGCCCAUCAAUGCCUCCAAUGCACUAACCCUGGCCCACCAGCUACGAGUGUAUACAGCUGAGGCCGCCAGCUUUUCGGACAUGAUGGAUAUAGUCUAUGUGGCUCAAAUGAUCCAGAAAUUUUUGGGUUAUGUUGAUCAGAUCAAAGAGCUGGUGGAGGUGAUGGUGGAUAUGGCCAGUAACCUGAUGCUGGUGGAUGAACACCUGCUGUGGCUAGCCCAGCGUGAGGACAAGGCCUGCAGUGGCAUCGUGGGUGCCCUGGAACGCAUCGGGGGUGCUGCCCUCAGCCCCCAUGCCCAGCAUAUCUCUGUGAACUCGAGAAACGUGGCACUGGAGGCCUACCUCAUCAAGCCACACAGCUACGUGGGCCUGACCUGCACAGCUUUCCAAAGAAGGGAGGCAGGGAUAGCCACAGCACGGCAUGGCAGCCCCGGCCAGAAUCCCCCACCUGACCCUGAGCCCCAGGCUGACCAGCAGCUCCGCUUCCGCUGUACAACAGGGAGGCCCAAUGUCUCCCUGUCAUCCUUCCACAUCAAGAACAGCGUGGCCCUGGCCUCCAUCCAGCUGCCCCCCAGUCUGUUCUCAUCCCUUCCGGCUGCCCUGGCUCCCCCAGCCCCCCCAGACUGCACCCUGCAACUGCUCGUCUUCCGAAAUGGCCGCCUCUUCCGCAGCCACAGCAACACCUCCCGCCCUGGAACUGCUGGGCCUGGCAAGAGGCGCGGCGUGGCCACCCCUGUCAUCUUUGCAGGAACCAGUGGCUGUGGCGUGGGAAACCUGACGGAGCCAGUGGCUGUUUCGCUACGCCACUGGGCUGAAGGGGUGGAACCUGUGGCAGCUUCAUGGAGCCAGGAGGGGCCUGGGGGGCCUGGCGGCUGGAGCUCCGAGGGCUGCCAGCUCCGUUCCAGCCAGCCCAACGUCAGCUCCCUGCACUGCCAGCACUUGGGCAAUGUAGCUGUGCUCAUGGAGCUGAGUACUUUUCCUCGGGAAGUUGGGGGCUCAGGAGCAGGGCUGCAUCCUGUUGUGUACCCCUGCACAGCCCUGCUACUGCUCUGCCUCUUCUCUACCAUCAUCACCUAUAUCCUCAACCACAGCUCCAUCUACGUCUCCCGGAAAGGCUGGCACAUGCUGCUGAACCUCUGCUUCCAUAUGGCCAUGACCUCUGCUGUCUUUGCGGGGGGCAUUACACUCACCAACUAUCAGGUCGUCUGCCAGGCGGUGGGCAUCACUCUGCACUAUUCUUCAUUGUCUACACUGCUCUGGAUGGGUGUGAAGGCCCGAAUCCUCCACAAGGAGCUCACCUGGAGGGCGCCUCCUCCACAAGAAGGGGACUCUGCCCUGCCUGCUCCCCGUCCCAUGCUCCGGUUCUAUUUGAUCGCUGGAGGGAUCCCACUCAUUAUCUGUGGCAUCACCGCUGCUGUCAAUAUCCACAACUACCAGGACCACAGCCCGUACUGCUGGCUGGUGUGGCGUCCAAGCCUAGGAGCCUUCUACAUCCCUGUGGCUUUGAUUCUGCUGGUCACCUGGAUCUACUUCCUGUGCGCAGGGCUGCGCUUACGGGGUCCUCUGGCACAGAGCCCAAAGGGGCGAAACAGCAGGGUCUCCCUGGAACCAGGGGAGGAGCUGAGGGGUUCCACCAGGCUUAGGAGCAGUGGCCCCCUUCUGAGUGACUCAGGUUCCCUUCUAGGUGCUGGGAGCUCAGGGGUGAUAACGUCCGGGCCCCCGGAGAAUGGUGACGGCCUCUACUCUCCAGGAGUCCAGCUGGGGGCGCUGGUGACCACGCAUUUCCUAUACCUGGCCAUGUGGGCCUGCGGAGCUCUGGCGGUGUCCCAGCGCUGGCUUCCCCGUGUGGUAUGCAGUUGUCUGUACGGGGUGGCAGCCUCCGCCCUGGGCCUCUUUGUCUUCACUCACCACUGUGCCAGGCGCAGAGACGUUAGGGCCUCUUGGCGCACCUGCUGCCCUCCGGCCUCAGCCUCGGCUUCCCACGCCUCACCCCGGGCUCUGCCCACUGCUCAAGAGGACGGUUCCCCAGUGUUCGGGGAGGGUCCUGCCUCCCUCAAAUCCUCCCCGAGCGGGAGCAGCGGCCACGCGCCGCCCCUGGGCCCCUACAAGCUCACCAACCUGCAGCUGGCCCAGAAUCAGGUGUGCGAGGCAGGGGUGGCAGCCCGCGGGGAAGGGGAGCCGGAGCCCACCGGCUCCCGGGGAAGCCUUGCUCCACGCCAUCCGAACAACUUGCCCCAUGGUCGCCGAGUGCACAAGAGUCGGGCCAAGGGGCACCGCGCGGGGGAAGUGGUCAGCAAGAACAGGCUCAAGACCCUGCGCGGGGGCACGGCGGCUGGGGCCCCAGAGCUGUUGAGCAGCGAGAGCGGCAGCCUGCACAACAGCCCGUCGGACAGCUACCCCGGCAGCAGCCGCAAUAGCCCGGGAGCUGGCCGCCAGCACGAGGGCGAGCUCAUGCUCACGCCAUCGGAGGGCAGUGACACGAGCGCAGCGCCACUUCCCGAGGCAGGGCGGCCGGGCCAGCGCCGCAGCACAAGUCGCGACAAUCUCAAGGGCGGCGGGGGCGGGGCGCUGGAGAAGGAAAGCAAGCGUCGCUCAUACCCGCUCAACACCGCCAGUCUAAACGGCGCCCCUAAGGGGGGCAAGUACGACGACAUCAAUAUGACAGGCACGGAGGCGACCGGAGGCGGCUGCAUGAAGACGGGCCUCUGGAAGAGCGAGACCACGGUCUAGGAUGACACUUUAGAGCAAGAUGGCCCUGGGCUUCUUACCCCUCACCCCCACCCCGGCUCCUCCAGGGCCCGCCCUCAAAGACGUCUUUUGGUACGUCAACAGAGUUGAGAUAGAAGCGCCG